AUGCACCUCCCACGCUCGCUCAUCUCCAAGCCCUACCUCCACCUCCUCAACACGCGGCACCCGCUCUCCCCUCCCGUCCUGAUCCUCGUCGCCCUAGAGCCCGACGCGCUCUGCGCCUGCCGCAUCUUGACCCGUCUCUUCAAACACGACUACAUCCCGCACAAGAUCCAGCCCGUCGCCGGCUAUGCCGACCUCGAGCGCGUUGGCCGCGAGCUGGUCGCGCCCAUGAUGGAGACCCGCGGUGGCUCAGGCGGCGUGGUUGUCUGUCUGGGUGUAGGAGGGAUGGCGGAUUUGGGUACGAUACUGGGGCUGGAGCCAGAUGAGGAGGUUGAGGGGGCAGAGGGACUGGAGACACAGGCUUACGCGGGGGUUGAGGUCUGGGUGAUUGAUUCGCAUCGGCCGUGGAAUCUGAGCAAUGUGUUUGGUGGUUUCCCGCUCGAGCCUGAGACGGAAGAGGCGAAGACUUUUGCUGCGAGAUCGCCGCCUGGUGUUAAUGGUGGUCGGAUUGAACAGUCGUAUCGGCAUGGUAAAGGUGGCAUUAUUGUCUUUGACGACGGUGAUAUUGAGGACGAGCUGGGGAAGGAACGGGAGGCCUAUCUUGCCCUGGUAGAUAUGCCCGAAGUCGAGGAUGACGGAGAGGAUCUGGGAGACAGUGAUGACGACGAUGAGGAAGAUGAUGACAGCAACGACAGCGAGAAUAGUGGUGACGAGCCUCCCACUUUGCCGGCUCCCCCGGCUGGUAAAAAGCGCAAGUCGUGGGACUUUGAAGAGGACGACGAUGAGAGUGACGACGAAGACAGGCCUCGGCAAAGGAGGAGAAGCAACUCGUCAACCCCUAUCCCGGACUCUCCUCAACGCCCUGCACAACGCAGCCUCCUGUCGUUGCGAGGAGAUCGGGACGAGCCCAUAUUCUCUAGUGACCCAUUGGAGCCCCCGAGUGCUGCGCAACCACCCAAACAACCCUCGGCGAGAACCCUGAGACGGAGACUUCUGCGGUCACGUCGCAAAAACGAGGACAUCUUACGAGAAUACUACCGACUGGGUACUUCUUACUCAGAGCCGGUCUCGUCCAUGUUAUACUCCCUGGCGUCCGAGCUCGGCCGCGAAGACAAUGACCUGCUCUGGAUGGCCAUCGUAGGUGUCACAUCCAUGGAGCUGUACGGACGUUCGUCGGCCGGCAUUGCCGUUCCAGCCCGAGGCUCCGAGUCCCGUCCUGGUUCUGGCUGGCUGGGCAUGCGCGGUGCCAGGAUACGUCAACUCCUGCGAGACGAAGUCCGACGAUUAAACCCUCCCGACCCCACGAAACCCGAGAACGUGGGCAUCAUCCCAACCACAGCCCGCAGCCCCGAAGAUACCAGCAUCCGCUUGUCUCCCGAGCCCAAGUUCCUCCUCAUCCGGCACUGGAGCCUCUACGACAGCAUGUUGCACUCGCCCUACCUCUUCUCGCGCCUCAAGACCUGGAGCGAGUCCGGCUUGAAACGCCUGCACAAGCUCCUUGCCAAAAUGGGCGUCAGCCUCGUCCAGUGCAAGCAGAGCUACACUCACAUGGACAUGGUGCUCAAGCGUGAGCUGCGCACCAAGUUGCUCAAGUAUGCCUCGCUAUAUAACCUGGACGAGCUCGUCCCUACCAUUGAUACAGAUGGCCCCGACCGCGGUGGCUCCAAAGACGGAUGGGGCUUUGUGCGCAGCUGGGGCUGGCGGGCUACGCUGAGUGCCCAGGAUGUGGGCGUUGUGGUUGGCGCCUUGCUGGAAGUGGGGAAAUCGCCUCCUGGGCUGUCGUCGUCUCCUGAGCCGGGGGCGACACAAUCACCUCAGGACGUCAUCCCCGCUGGGGUUGAUAGCAAUCCCAGUGAGGAGUGGCUUCCCCGGUUCUGGGAGGCAUACGAUGCGUUGGAAGAUAUUGAAGCCCUGAAAGCGGGCCUGCCGACCGCCCAGUAUUUGCAUAAGGCUAUCUUUACCACGGGUACGACGAUCCUGAAGAAGAAGCAGAUUACCCAUCUACGUGCGUUCCGCAUGUGUGUUGUGAAAUCGGGCACUGCCCCCGACGCAGCGCUGUUCAACCACCCUGGUGCCUUGACCAAGCUUGCUCUCUGGAUCGGCGAGGCGUUGGCCGAGCAGGAGAAGGAAGCUACCGGCGGCAGACUAGCACAUGGUGGUCGUGGCACGCCGCUUGUGGUGGCUAGCCUGGACGAGAAGCGGGGUGUGUACGUGGUCGUGGGUACUGGCGGCGGGGGGGGCCCAGACACGACGUUUUUGGAUCGGGAGGCGGCGAAGAAAAGAGCAAAGUUGAAGCAAGAGAAAGAGGAGAGAAGGAAGGUGAAGGAGAAGUUGAAGCAGGAACGGAGGGAGGCAAGGAGGAGGUUAAAACUGGAGGAGAAGAGGAAGAAGAGAGAAGAAGAAGGGAAAGGAGAUGAAUAUGAGGAUGAGGAGGAUGAGGAUGUUACAGAGAGUGAGGAGGAAACGUCGUCGUCUGAGGAGGAAGAAGAGGAGGAAGAGGAAGAGGAGGAGAUUGAGCGUGGCAGAGGUUAUGGAUUGAAUCGGUUUGGUGUGGCGUUCCAGGAUGUGGUGGCUGAGACGAACGCGAGAGUGAGGAUUGACAGCUUUGAGCAUUGCGUCGUGGAGGUUAAGAAGGAGGAUUUAGGAGGCUUCUUGGAGAGCCUGAGCAUGAAGGCUGUCGUUGGCUGA